GCUAGGUGCGGGAAGAGGACGAGGAGAGAGAGGGGGAGCAUCUAUGGAGGCACCGCUAGUGACGCCGAUGGAGGCUCCCUCGGAGGCACUGGGCCACCUUCCCAAGCUGGAAAUAAUGGUGGCAGAGGAGCUGCCUAUCGCGGUGGAAAUGGCGGAACAACAAUGGCACGAUGAGGACACCCGGUCUCUUAUUUUGUGGAGGACCGCCAACGCCUCCUUGUUCACAGGGAGACGUCAUGCUGCUGUCAAUGGAUAUGAGAUGUACAUCGCCAGUCGGGGUCUGGAGGGCAGGGUGACCCCGACCUUCUUAAAGAAGAAGUGGGAGAACCUGAAGCAUCAGUAUAAGGCGCACAAGUACUCCAAACCUGGGGUCGGCAUGGAUGGCAGUGAGACCCCCGCCACGUCCUGGAAGUGGUACAAUCUGAUGGACGAGGCCAUCGGGGGCCGGUUGUCCAUGACCCCGCCCAUCUUCAUCGCCUCAUGCUCCCAGGACUCCAUGGCGGGCGAAGCCCCGCCCAUGCCCGCCCCGGAACGCUACGAGGCCGCAGGGUCCGUCCCGAAGAGGCGGCGGGUGGACCUGGGGGACAUGCUGAAGGAGAGCAUGGACAAGGACGAGCGCUUCGAGCUGGAACUGAGGGAGAUGGAAGCCAGGGCCAUAGAGCGGGAGGAGGCCAGGGCGAGGGAGGCGGCGGAGAGGGAGGAGCGGCGCCACCGCGAGGCCGUGGAGCGCGAAGAGACGAGGCACCGCGAGGCCGUGGAGCGCGAGGAGAGGCGGCACCGCGACGCCGUGGAGAGGGAGGAACGCUUCUUUAGAGAGAUGAGAGAGAGAGACGAUAGGAGAGACUCGGCUGCCAGAGAGGAGCGCUUCUUGGCCAUCUUGGAAGCUCUGAUCCAGAAAUAACUCUUUCAGUAAAACCUUCUGUAUCACAUCAAUCAUCUCAUGAAUUAUUCAUCACACCACUGACUGAGAGGGGGGGCGUCUACUACAUGUCUUUUUUUACGCUGCUUGCCUUUUAAUCCCAAGUGUUUUGAGGCUGUCGCUUGGCAAGUCAAAGUUGAAGCUCCUUUCUAGGAGCCAGGACCAUAAUAGAGCCAGCACCCUUGGGAUCCUUCACAAAGCUUCUCCCUGUCAUUCCUGGGCUAUUGAAUGUUUUUCUUCUGGACGUUUUGUGGAUAAUCUGUGAAAAUAAACUUGUGUAAAAUGUCAA